UAUUGGGGGAUCUAAAUCGGAUCUGUUUUGGUGUGGAAAAACCCUAAAAAAGUGGAAUGGAUAUGGAGCAGAAGCAGUCGGAGAUAAUCGACCAGCUCGUUCGCCGAGCUUCUACCUGCAACGGCGAGGCCCUGUUGCCUAUCAUCAUCGAAGCAACAUCGCAUCCUUCUCUUUUCGCCUUCUCCGAGAUUUUGGCUCUUCCCAACGUUGCCCAGCUUGAAGGAAGCACACAUUCAGUGUACCUUGAUGUUCUGCGCUUAUUUGCUCAUGGCACCUGGGCUGACUACAAAUGCAAUGCUAGCCGUAUCCCUCAGUUGUCUCCUGACCAAACUCUGAAGCUAAAACAGCUCACUGUGCUUACCCUUGCCGAGUCAAACAAGGUUUUGCCUUAUGAUACGCUCAUGGACGAGUUGGAUGUCACCAAUGUUCGUGAGCUCGAGGACUUUCUUAUCAAUGAAUGCAUGUACGCGGGUAUAGUUAGAGGAAAACUUGAUCAGUUGAAAAGAUGCUUCGAGGUUCCAUUUGCAGCUGGUAGAGAUCUAAGGCCUGGACAACUAGGGAAUAUGUUACACACUUUGUCCAACUGGUUGAACACAUCAGAAAAUCUUCUCGGUUCCAUUCAAGACAAGAUAAAAUGGGCGGACAAUAUGAGCGAGAUAGACAAGAAACAUCGCAAGGAAGCAGAAGAGAGAGUGGAAGAAGUGAAGAAGUCUCUGUCCAUGAAGGGGGAUAUUGACAGCAGAGGGCAUAAAGAAAUGUUUGGGGAACCAAGUGGAGUGAUGGACUAUGAAGAAGAUAGAAUCCGACCAAAGAGGAGAAGGCAUCCGGUAACAAGGUAGAGAGAGAGAGAGGAGAGAGAGCGUGAAAAGGAUUUUAUUUGUAAUGGUGUUUGAUGGACUGGUUUCUUUUACGCUUGGUGGCGGUUUUUUGAUUGUGUAAUGAAGUAUCUCGUCUCUUGUCUCUUUCUCAAGGCAAGAACAAAUUUAGCGGUUAUUUGACUUUAAAAAAUGAUAUGAAUAGAUAAGCAAAAGUUGUUUGCA